UUUACCGCUUAUUAGUCCUCAAUGCGCCGUCGCAGAGCCCCGCUACGCACAGCGAAUCACCUAUCGUCAUCGCAAACUCCCCAUAAGCUGUCAAAUGGCGCACGAUAAGUCGAAUAACCGCUCGGCUUGCUCGAUGAGAUCGGCCAAUUCUGUUUCCAGUUCUGGAUAGGCCGGGGAGCUGUGGCCCUGUGGGGGGUAGCGUAGUACUUGUAACUCCUUAUCGUGCAAUCAUAUUAAAGAUGCUUGUGCCGUGCGACUUUUUUCUUCCCUCUUUCUUCCUUUGCUUGAUUUUCCGCAGUUGUGCGAUACUUUGAUCAUGUCGGCGAGCAAUGAUCCUGGCCUGCACGUCGCAGCCGCGCCUGAUGCGGCGCCUCCUACGCAAGACGGGCUGGCCGAUGUUGAAGCCCUUCAAGAGCAACGGGCAAGUCUUGAUCAUGACAAAAAGCUGGGUCUAGACAUAUUGCAGGCCGCGGAUAGCCCAGAAGACGGCUCUGUUAUUGCACCUGAUCAAUUUGAUGAUAAAUACAGAACUAGCAAAAAGGAAAUUUGGGCCUAUUAUGCUUACUACAUCGGUAAUAAUGGAUUGACUUUAUUCAAUUUUGCUCCGACGGCCUUUCAAAACCUGCUGUCGCAAGCUGCUGACUCGAACGGAAAUUUGCUCUUCGCUGGCAAAGUACGCUCCAUCAAUAGUAUCGUACUCCUCAGCAAUGGGAUUUCCUUCGCUAUACAAAUCGUCGUGUUUUUGGUCAUCGGUUCAUUUGCUGAUUUCGGUCAAUGGCGUCCUAACAUCCUGAUCGCCUUGUCGAUUAUUGCGUGGGCGAUAGGUUUUGGCUGGCUCGGCGUACACGACGCGAGCAAAUGGGAGGCAGCCACAGGACUAUAUAUCAUUGGCUUGAUUGCGUAUCAAACAACACUCACUUUUUGGACCGCUGCAUUUCCGGGCUUGGCACGUAAUACUGCGGAAAUGAAGCAAAAGGCAGAUGAAUUGGUGUCCGGCUCGAUCAGCCGAGAGGAAUAUGAUUAUGCGGAUACCAUGAAGCGCAGCCAGCUCUCCAACAUCGCUUUCUACAUCCAAUCUGUAGGGGAGGUCUUUAUCCUGGCCAUUAUUGUUGGAAUCAUGUUUGGGGUCAAUGUUAAUGCCACUACUGCCAACAAUAAUUGGGGGCUGAGUGUGUUGAUUGCAUUUGCAUCUGGUGUGUGGCUAUUGCUGUCCAUUCCCUGGUUUAUCCUGGAGAAAAGGAGACCCGGCCAAGAUCCAGCACCGCGAAACAUCAUCAUGGCUGGGUUGUGGCAAUUGUAUCAUGCGGCUACCCAAAUAUUGCGUCUAAAACAGAGUCUGAUCUACCUGAUUGGCUAUUUUCUACUGGGUGACUCUUUGAACACCACAGUUACAGUUAUCGCGACCCUUCAAAACACUAUUGUCUCUUACAACACUUUACAAUUGACCUAUCUGUUGAUUGUCGGUAUUGCAGCACAGGCUGUUGGUAUCUAUAGCUUUUGGUGGAUUCAGCAGCGUUUUUAUCUUGGCACGAAAACCAUGUUCAAUGUCAUCGCUGUAGCCAUCAUCUUACUCGAUGGCUGGGGCAUGAUCGGAAUCUGGACACAACGAUUUGGCUUCCACAAUACAUGGGAAGUUUGGGUAUACCAAACGUAUUAUGGUCUCUUCGUGUGUCCUUGGUACUCGUACAGCCAAAUAAUGAUCUCCGAAGUCACGCCUCGCGGCAAGGAGUUUCUCUUCUUCUCUCUUUUUAGCAUUAUUGGCAAAACCUCGUCUUUUAUUGGCCCGAUUGUGUCAAGCGCGAUUAUCGAUGCCAGCCCUAGUGGGAAUAAUUCCCUGCCAUUUUACUUUUUGUUCGGGUUGAGUUUGUUGAGUUUUGGUCUUUUAUUGUUCUUUGUCGAUCUGGCAAAGAGUAGGAAGGAGCAAGAAGUAUUCUUGGAGGAGGAGAAGAGAAGAUUGAAUAGAUAGUGCGAUUAUUAUAUAGAAUAUGCCAUCACACAAUUGAAUUGGGUAGAGGCGAUCUCCCCAUACCGAUAUUACUUUACUUGAACUCUGCAUUGUCUAGGGCCGGAUCCCAAGAAUUCUCUAUCAAUCUUUCAAUCGGACAUAAAGUGGUGUAAAUGCAGACGACGGCAAAAUUUUUUAAUACCAUUAAUUAUACAC